CGCAAGCGGUGAAAGGAGAACCGUAACAGCGGUAGUGUCACGAACUGUUAUUAAUCAAAAUACUUCAGGUAAAUAUUGGUACACUUGCCGUCAAGGCGAUCUGAAACCGGAAGGCUGUUUUUCACCUACCAAUGAACGAUUACCAAUUGGUGGUACAUUUGUGGAAAAUGGAUAUGAAAUACAAUGCAUUCUGGAUAACAGUGGUUACCUGCAAUUCAAAUUUAGCGCUUGCGUUCCAAAACCGAACAAACGAUAUCUGAUCGGUGAAACAUGGGAAGAUGACCAGGUAUCAUUUUAUUUGCUUCCACCAACUUAUCACAUGUACUGGUUUGAAUGUAAAGCUGAUGGCCCAUAUCUCAGGGUUGAAAUUCGUGGCUGCGUCACUCAUGACAAAACUCGCAGAAUUGCGCUCGAUGAAGUGUACGAUUUUGGCGAAUACACGUACGUGCUAAUAAAGUUUUCCGGUUAAUU